UCCCCGCCCCCUCAAGCACCAGGAGCCGCUCUGGCCGCCGCGUCUAGGUCGGCUCUAUGGCGCGUCUUCCGACUCUGCGCAUGCGCAGGACUACCCCGCCUGUAUCGCUAUGGUAGCGGCGUCCGGGUGGGCCGGGCCUGGAAGCUCCUACACCGGGUGGGCCGCGAUUAUGGACGACUUCACUUCCAGUCGGGCAUGAGCGGGGCCUCCCGCUGCCUUAUGCGCCGCUACCGCAGCUUCCCGACUGUAGGCCUCCUUCGGGAACAUGCCCCAAGCCGCAUACUGUUACUUGCGGGUCGUGGGCAGGGGUAGUUACGGGGAGGUGACGCUCGUGAAGCAUCGGCGGGACGGCAAGCAGUAUGUCAUCAAAAAGCUGAACCUCCGGAAUGCCUCCAGCCGGGAGCGUCGAGCGGCAGAGCAGGAGGCUCAGCUCCUGUCUCAGUUGAAGCACCCCAACAUUGUCACCUACAAAGAGUCAUGGGAGGGCGGAGACGGUCUGCUCUACAUCGUCAUGGGCUUCUGCGAAGGAGGCGAUCUGUACCGGAAGCUCAAGGAGCAGAAGGGGCAGCUUCUGCCUGAGAGUCAGGUGGUGGAGUGGUUUGUCCAGAUCGCCAUGGCCUUGCAGUACUUACAUGAGAAGCACAUCCUUCAUCGAGAUCUGAAAACUCAGAAUGUCUUCCUAACAAGAACAAACAUCAUCAAAGUAGGUGACCUAGGCAUUGCCCGAGUGUUGGAGAAUCACAGUGACAUGGCGAGCACCCUCAUUGGCACACCCUAUUACAUGAGUCCUGAGCUGUUCUCCAACAAACCCUACAACUAUAAGUCGGAUGUUUGGGCUUUGGGAUGCUGCGUGUAUGAAAUGGCCACCCUGAAGCAUGCUUUUAAUGCAAAAGACAUGAAUUCUUUAGUUUAUCGGAUUAUUGAAGGAAAGUUGCCACCAAUGCCAAAAGUUUACAGUGCGGAGCUGGCAGAGCUGAUAAGAACCAUGUUGAGCAGGAGACCUGAGGAGAGGCCCUCUGUGCGGAGCAUCCUGCGGCAGCCCUACAUAAAACACCACAUCUCCUUGUUCUUGGAGGCCACCAAGGCGAAAACUUCCAAAAAUAAUGUUAAAAACUGUGACUCCAGAGCCAAACCCGUUGCUGCUGUAGUUUCCAGAAAGGAAGAACCAAAUCAUGAAAUGAUUCCCUACCAGCCACGCUCUUCUGAGGGCUCCGCUGUACAUGCCACGGGUGAAGAUAAAUGUCUGUCCCAAGAAAAACCAGUGGACAUUGGUCCCUUGAAAUCACCUGCUAGUCUCGAAGGCCACACUGGCAAACAAGACAUGAACAGGACUGCAGAGUCGUGUGCCACAGUCAGUAGGAUAAAUAUCGAUAUCUUACCUGCAGAAAGGAGGGACUCAGCAAAAGAUGGCACAGUUGAGGAGGGCCGACCACAGCACGUGGAUGCUUCUAAUGAAGUAGACCGUCAAUGCAGUAUUUCUCAAGAGAAGGAGAGGCUACAGGGCAACAGCAAGUCUAGUGAUCAGCCGGAAAAUCUCCUUCCCAGAUGGUCCUCUGGUGGUGGUGAUGGGGAAGGGAAUGAACUGGUGAAGCUGUUGUACUCCUCGGGUAAAGACCAAAAGCCACAGCAGGAUCAAGUUACUAGCGGGUGUAUUCUAGAAGAUCAGGACAGCAUCCACCCAAGACUGCAGCCGCACAGCUCUGUAUCUGAACCUUCUUUGUCCCGGCAGCGAAGGCAGAGAAAAAGGGAACAGACGAACCACGGUCGGGCAAAGAGCCAGCUCCAAGAAUCACCCCCUCGUCUUGUGCCUUCUCACCCUGAUACUGGGAAAGCAGAUAUCAUAAGUACACAGCAAAGUGAUGGAAACCAAAGUGGACCUGUGGCUAGGUCUGUGAAUGGUUCAAGGUCUAGUUCGACAGCGUCAUCAAAGGAUCGGCCAUUAUCAGCCAGAGAGAGGAGACGACUAAAGCAGUCGCAGGAAGAGAUGCUCCCCUCAGGCCCUGCAGUUCAGAGAACUCCAAGUUCAGUAGAGCCAGUGAAACCACAGGAAGAAGACCAACCCAUCCCUGCCCAACGAUUCUCUUCUGACUGCAACAUCACUCAGGUGAAUCCCACACUCCUGAGGGAAAAGAAGAGACUGAUCCAUGGACUGUCUGAGGAUGAGUUAAGUUCUUCCACAAGCUCAACUGAUAAAUCAGAUGGGGAUUCCAGGGAGGGGAAAAGUCAUACAAAUGAAAUGAGAGACUUGGUGCAGCUGAUGACUCAGACUCUGAGGCUGGAAGCUAAAGAGAGCUGUGAAGAUCUUCAUGUACCAAACCCAGGGUCAGAGUUCAGACUUCAUCGCAAGUAUCGAGACACGCUGGUGCUCCACGGCAAGGCUGCGGAAGAGGGGGAGCCCCCCUGUGUGGAGUUACCUCCAGGUAUCACACCAGGUUCUGAAAAGAUCAGGAGAAUAGUUGAAGUCUUAAGAGCUGAUGUGAUCCAGGGCCUGGGGGUUCAGCUUUUAGAGCAGGUGUAUGAUCUUUUGGAGGAGGAAGAUGAGUUGGAGAGAGAGGCACGAUUACAGGAGCACAUGGGAGACAAGUAUACAACUUACAGUGUGAAAGCUCGCCAGUUGAAGUUUUUUGAAGAAAAUUCAUUUGGAAAUAUUAAAAGGAAUGUCAAGAUUUACAGUGACUCCCUUCAAGCACAUGUUCAAGUACAUGCUCUUGUUCCAGAGGUGCCAAGCACUGUUUUACCACAGGUUCACAUUGAAUGGAAAGCAGAAACAUCAACGGAAAAGAAGAACAAAGAGCUGAUUCUGCUUCUCAUUACUAGGUCCAAUCAAGUUUCCUGACUCAGAAAACUUAUGUUGCUAAUACUCAAACGCUCACAAAUGUCUUACCAAACACGAGAAAGCAAACCCAGCCAUAACUAUGUAGACGGUCCACCCGAACUGUUCAGCCACAUACCCGUAGAUAAAUCCAACUAUCUGAAAAGAAACAAAGUAUAUAAAAUGCAGUCAAGCCAAGGGAAGCGUGAUUAAGAGUUAAAGGGAAUAAUACUUACUGCAGAAAAAAGAAUAAUUCCCUGAAACAUCUGUUCAGCUAGCUUCUGCCCCUUGUAAUCCUAGGGACGAAAAAGAAUAUGAAGAGUUGGUCCUACUACCAAAGGACUGCAAUUCUUGUAGGGAACUGUUUGGGCAUAAGGUAGCACUCAACGCCAGGAGUUUCCCAGAAGGGCCCGAGAGUAAAGAAGCAAAAAUUGAUUUUCCAGGGAAACUUGGGCAUCUUAAUAGAUCACGGGAAAGGGGAUUCAUUCUGGGGAAGAAAAGAAGGGGAAAGUGAAGACAAUCUUAGGAAUUGCGAACCACGCUGCACCAGUCGGUGCUCCAGCGGGGGUCUUAGAAGUCCCUAGGCUCCAAAAAGGCGUGCGGGGAAAUCUGGGACGCGCGCCCUCACCAUCUGGGUGGGCAGCGAGCUCAGGUGUUCCAGCAUGGUUGCCGAAGACUGAUACCGACAGUGAAACGAAGGUAGCUGACUAUUAAGGAGUGUGGCUUGCGAAGUGCGAUACCGAAAGCAGCCAGGCCGACCAGCCAAGCGCCUCUCUUCGGCUGUGGCCCCGGAAGCGGAUGUCUCCGACGGGCUCGCACAACCCCUGGCCCCGCCCCGCGCCAUCACCAAGGAGGUAGGUCUCUUAGCUUUCCUAGAACCCUGUACACUGCUCACGGGGGGGUGGGGCAGCGACCUGGCCAGAGCAUAGUGCACCGGUCAGUGCUCCUGGCCGCUCGGAGCCGCAAUUGCGGCGGGAAUCACUUGCGGGCUGCGCCUCCCUUGCUUAACCGUCGCCGGCGCGCUCCGCGUCUCCAUAGCGACGACCUUUACUCAGGGAGGACCCCGGCGGUGGGGUUGCCCCGUGGCGCCUGCAGCACCUGGCUCUCUGGCGGAGGGAGGCACGGUUAGACUAGGGUUUGUGGCACUACGUGGCUGCUGCAGAGCUGGCCGGCCAGUGGGCCACGGCCAGAGAGCGGCGGACGCGGGCGGCCCGGCGGUGGACCCGGGCCUGGGGCCUGCGGAGCGAGCGCUGAGCUGGCGGGGCGGGCCGGGGCGUGGGCGUGGACGGUCCCUCCUCCCAGCGCAGGUAAAGGCGGCAGCGCUGAACCUCUGAAGGCGACGAUUCGUCGGACGCCGCCCUAACCUGUGGUGUCAGUGCGUGGCGGGAUCCCGGGAGCGCCUCAGCACGUCCCCAUCACUCCUAAGCGUAAGGAGGUUUCUAAUGACCCUUAGAAUUAGGGAAGAUAACGGAGGCGCAUUCUCCAGGGAAAGGCGAUUGCCUCGGAGAAGAGCGGCGAGGCCCUGGUCUCGUUUUAUGUAGGGGAUCCCAAAUGCUGCCCAACACUUUGCUUGCCGGUUUCCAUGGCUCUCACAUUCCCAGACCAGUCCUUCCUGGAAAAGACCAACCAAGGGUUUCCCUUACCCCUGUCUUUCAAGGGUUGUGUAUAUUUUAAAAGGGUGAGCCCUUCCCUCAUUAGAGAGCUGGAUGAGGUGCCGUAUUCAGACAGACCAUUCUGGGGAUCCCGUCCUCUGUGGCCAUCUGCCUCCCUGGACUCUGCUGUGCAUGCAGAGUCAGGCACAUAUGGCAAGAUGCUAGGCACUCCAGGCUGGGAGGUGAGUGCCUACUGCCGGCAUCUACACAUCGUGGAGCCGCCAAUACUUUUAUUUAUUUACUUACUUAAUUAUUUUGAUUAGCCAGCAGACCAGGGCACAGUGGUGACUUAGAACUUGGAAACUUGGUGUCAAGGAAGAUGUCCACUAUUGAAUUGAACUAGCUGUGGGGGAAUUAGGAGAUGGAGCUCAGGGAGGUGUAACAUGUGAUUUGGGGAAGUUUCCUGACCAUGAAAGACAAGUAGGACCUAGCCAGUAAAGUGUGUGAAAAUGCCCCAAGUAUUCUUCCACUUUGACACCAUUCAAAAAAAAAAAAAAAAAAAAAAAGACAAAUCCCUUUGACCUAGGACAAUGAACGACAACAAUUUUCAUGGGUCUUUUUUCCUUUCCCCUUCCCUACAUUUUUUUAGUUGUAUGAAUAGACUGGCUCUGUUACAAGAAUAAAUAGACGAAUUCCUCAGGGUUGUAUCCCUACCAGUGUGCUUCAUAGGAUGGGAGUAGUUUUAGAGACCAGAUAGUAUUUGAACUACAAAAGAUGGAAAAACAGAAUGGUUUUGCCAUAUUCCUUUUGACCCAAGGCUCCAUUGGAAUCUCAUUCUUUUUCUUAUUCUGGAAUUUAGUGUCUGUGAUUAUUAAGAUUGCAGUAAGAUCUUUUCUUCAUUGGAGAACUGGACUCCUGGUUUAGCAAGAGUAUUCCACAGAUGUCACAUGCCUGACGGUCUUAGGUGUCAGGGAUGCAGCAGUAGGAUUACAUUUUCAUUUAACCCCCUGUUUCUGUAGAACUUACUUCACAGGUUACAGAUACACACAUUCAUAACUGAGAGGGAAGAGUGAGGUGGUUGGUAUAGGAGAACGCAGAAAGAUGCUACUGGUGACCUCCACAAGAGCAGUUUGAAAAUAAGACCAAACGGGGUUGGGGAUUUAGCUCAGUGGUAGAGCGCUUGCCUAGGAAGCGCAAGGCCCUGGGUUCGGUCCCCAGCUCCGAAAAAAAAAAAAAAAAAGAAAAAGAAAAUAAGACCAAACA